AGGAUCAAUAUACCUUCUUUUCUAGAGCGAGAAAUUACUCAUCAAACGCCAUGGAUUCUCAGAUCUAUGGCGUCCCCAAUCUUCUUUACUUCACCCUUUUCACCUUUCUUGUCCUCGUUACUUCUGCAUUGCCGGAAAGUAAUACUCCGGCCAAGCCGUCUAGCUCCGGUACCCAGAUCAACUCCAACUCGGUUCUUGUUGCCCUUUUGGAUUCUCACUACACUGAGCUCUCGGAGCUGGUGGAGAAAGCCCUGUUGUUGCAGACUCUUGAAGAAGCUGUUUCCACGCAUAAUAUUACCAUUUUUGCUCCAAGAAAUGAGGCCCUGGAGAGGGAUUUGGACCCGGAGUUCAAGCGGUUUUUGCUCGAGCCCGGAAAUCUGAGGUCCCUCCAAAAUCUGCUGCUUUUCCACAUGAUCCCCACUCGCAUUGAGUCCAAACACUGGCCCGUGGAGCUGAAUAAGAAGCCCGUUUAUCAUUCUAGCCUCUGCCCUGAUGCCAGUGAUGAGAAGAUCCUACUUAAGGAGAAAAAUGGGGAAAAGAUUGUGAGCAUGGCCAGGGUUAUUAAAUCGGAUGAUAUCAUUCGCCCCGACGGAAUCAUUCACGGCAUUGAGAGGCUGUUAAUUCCCAAAUCCGUCCAACAAGAUUUUAACGCCCGGAGAAGCUUGAGGGCCACCUCCGCCGUCCUGCCGGAGGGCGCGCCGGUAGUUGACCCCAGAACACACAGGCUGAAGAAACCCGCCCCACCUGUCCCCGUCGGCGCUCCUCCGGUCCUUCCCAUUUACGACGCCAUGGCCCCCGGUCCGUCACUGGCUCCGGCGCCGGCUCCCGGACCCGGUGGUCCACACCACCACUUCGACGGUGAGAGUCAGGUGAAGGACUUCAUCCAGACUCUCCUGCAUUACGGCGGGUACAACGAAUUAGCUGAUAUUCUCGUGAAUCUGACCUCACUGGCUUCUGAAAUGGGAAGAUUGGUCUCCGAGGGUUAUGUGCUAACAGUGUUGGCACCAAAUGAUGAGGCCAUGGCGAAGCUAACAACAGACCAGUUGAGCGAGCCCGGAGCACCGGAGCAAAUUAUGUAUUAUCAUCUGAUUCCGGAGUAUCAAACGGAGGAGAGUAUGUACAACUCGGUGAGGAGAUUUGGGAAGGUGAAGUACGAUACUCUGAGACUGCCCCACAAGGUGGUGGCGGAAGAGGCUGAUGGGUCGGUGAAAUUCGGGCAGGGAGAAGGGUCCGCGUAUCUGUUUGACCCGGAUAUAUACACCGAUGGGAGGAUUUCCGUUCAGGGGAUUGACGGGGUUCUGUUUCCGCCGGAGGAAAGUAAGGUUGCGCCGACAGCUGCCCCUGUUGCUAAGGUUGUCUCCAAGCCAAGAAGAGGGAAGCUGCUGGAAAUGGCAUGCACCUUGCUUGGGACUGUUGGCCAGGACUCUCAUUUCUCUAGCUGUCAUUAAAUCUUCAUACUCUGCCAAAAAAAAU